UUUUCCCCUGUGGUGUUCAGUUGGAGAGGACGAGCGCUUGGUCGACAUUUUAGCACUGCAUCAUCAAGACUGACGUGGGGAAUACGUGGGCAGAGGGUCGAGCCAUCCACUCCUACCAUAAUUAGUGACGAGUCUGACUACGUAAAACUUUGUCCGAUGACCAUGGACACAGCGGUUGCGUCAUCACAGCAGGAUGGAAGUGUUGAUUACUCUCUGUCUGAUGAAGAACCAAGUCAGAGCGAAUCCAACUCACCGACUGCUGUACUUACUCAGGUUUCCGGAACAGGAGACUCCGCUGGCAUGACAGUGGUGCAGUUACCUGUUGAGCAGACAGUUCAGGUCCAGGCUGUCAUCCAGGCUCCUCAGGCCUCUGUCAUCCAGUCACCACAGAUGCAGACUGUACAGAUCACCUCUAUAGCUGGGCUUGAAGGUGGGGAGUCGGCAGUCACAGACACACAGAAAAGAAGAGAGAUUCUCUCAAGACGCCCAUCUUAUCGAAAAAUCCUCAAUGAACUAUCAACGGAUUCCUCCUCAAUUCCAAGAAUUGAGGAGGAGAAACCUGAAGAUGAGGUUCCACCCUCCAGUGUCUCUUCAGUUCAAGUUCCAACUUCAAUCUAUCAGACCAGCUGUGGCCAAUACAUUGCCAUCACCCAGGGGGGAGCCAUCCAGAUAGCCAGCCCAGGCAGUGACGGCCUCCAGGGUGUACAGUCGCUGGCCAUGUCCAACUCUGGUACCCAGAUCCUGCAGUACGCAGCCCAGGCAGGGGACUCAGGACAGCAGUUAUUCUCUGUGCAAGGUGGCCAGAUGGUGAUACAAGCUGCCACUGGAGAUAUGCCAGCGUACCAGCUGCGUUCGCCCACUUCGGGCCUACCCCAGGGCCUGGUGAUGGCUGCGUCCCCAGGCUCCCUGUCCAUGCACAGCCCCCCGGUGCACACUGAGGAGGUCACACGCAAGAGGGAGGUCCGCCUCAUGAAGAACAGGGAGGCUGCACGGGAGUGCCGCAGGAAAAAGAAAGAGUAUGUCCGGUGUCUGGAGAAUCGUGUGGGCGUGCUGGAAAACCAAAACAAGACCCUCAUCGAGGAACUCCGAGCAUUAAAGGACAUUUACUGCCACAAGAACGAGUAGCUCAGUAGCUGUACUCAGCCUUGUGCCAGGAGAGAGAGAUCCUACUAAAAUGGCUCAUAUAGUUCCGUUUACAGACUGACUGCUCUAAAAGACUGGAACAAAAACUACUUUCACUGUCUACUCCGCUUUUUCAGGCCCAGUCACUUUGAUACUGCAUCAGAGGUUGUCAGGCGGCCAUAGGCUUGUGCUCUCCGGGCACAAGUCAAGUCUUGCUCUGGCCCAGGGCCCCUGUCUGUCCUCACUCAUGCGCUUGCAAGUGAAUACACAAGUGUCGCCCAGCCGCGUUUUGCUUUUGCUAUUUUCAGUGAGGCAACCAAUGAGAAGCCAGCCUGCAGAGGAAAAGGAAGUACAUGUGCUUCCUGAAGGCACACCGCUCACCACCACUGACUCACCACAGUGGAGGAGCAAAAGCUAAAGACCUGCGUUAGAGCCUCAUUAUCAGCCAGCAAGUUUGUGCAAGCAGACUCACCAGCAAGCCAACCUACCUUAGCCUAAGUGCCAGUCUGUUUAUGCUAUCAUGCCAACUCCUUGUUACUUAUUGUCAUGUUUGGCUUGACAAUGAAACCAAUCAAGUUGGCAAGAGCACCAAUAGAUCUAGGAGAAGGCUAAACCUACCCAUCUUUACUUUUCACUGCUAGCUAGAGUUGUUCUUAUAUUUCUAUUCUCAUCUUGGCUUUUGUCAACAUUUCUUUGUGAAAUGAGAUGAACCUCUUCUUUCAGGACGAAGUGUGUGGACGAGUGAAUACACUUUAUACAUCAUUGAAGUUUUGGAAUGCUGUAUUUGGCCAUUUGAGUCCAUUCAAAAAUGUUUAUGACUUAAAGGUCCAAUGCAACCGUUUUUAUCUCCAUAGCAACUAUUUCCUGGGCUACAAUAAAGUACCUUACUGUGAUUGUUUUCAAUUAAAGUGGUCAAAAAUAAACCAAAA